AUGCAAAUCCUCUUCGCUCCAUCAUCAGCCUGUAUUUCAAAUGAUCAUGUCGAGUGUACGGCUUCAUGCCAUAGGAAGACUUUAGAAGUGACUUGUGUUUUCUUCAAUUAUCUAGAGGUUUUCAACAUUGACUGCUGCCCCUGCGCACCCGCACCCCUUCAACUUCUUAAGUUGGGGCUAUUUGCCUGUGCACCCAUAGCUCCAUCUCUUUCUGUUGACCUACGUGUACUAGAGCUCGUUAGGACUCUUUUUGUGCAGAUCACCCCCAAUACAACAGCCUGGUGUGAAGCAUUGGAAGUUUUUCUAACAGCUCGGGUCCUUGUGACGAAUGCUGAAGACCACGUAUACAGCCUCAUUUCACAACAUCUUCCUUCGCGUUCUUUGGGGGACGAAGUCUUGCCCGCACAACCAAGCGAUUAUCUCCGUGCACGUUGUCCAGUUUGUUUUGGAAUGCAGGAUUGGCAAAAGGAUCACGGUUCGCGUCUCAAGCUAGAUUGCCAUGUAUGCAUCGAUGCAUGCUUCACACAGAAACGGUCAGCCAAUUCACGUGGGGCCGAUGGCCUAGAUCCGCCAAACCCAACACGAUCAGUUUUCAUUUCGGACGAAGAGGUCGCACGGAUGGAAGCUCACGUACUUGCCUGUCGAGGCUCCCUACCUGGUCGUGGAACAAAACGCAAGAAGCCCGAAGGCAACGAAGACGGGUACGAAGAUGGUAUGCGCAUCCCUGUAUCGACAUUGGAUGCCUGCAGGGAAUCUUUUCUUGCUGCCGACGAAAAACGAGAGAAAGCUAGCACCCGUUUCUUCGCCGAUACGGGAAUCAUGGCCUUACUUUGUCGUCAUGAUUGUGUCUUAUGGUUGGUCAAUAUGACAUCAGCAGGUGAAAAACAAUAUUAUGCGCUUGCACUUAUUAAAAAGCUCUUCGAACAUCUUCCGCCAACCAUGACCGUCGGUAUCUUGUAUGAUAUUGCAUGUCAGCUCAAGCGUAGUUGUCUUAAAUACCAACUUCUCGAGCAAGGUAUUCUCUCACGUAUCGUCUUUUCUAUAUCCGUAUUUCACGCGUACGGACAUCAGUGGCCUUGUCAGCUUAUUUAUCACCCUCGCAAAUGUGAAGGGUUUGGACUUUCUGACGGAGAGGGCUGUGAGCGCCUGUGGAGCGCUCUCAAGAUGUUGAUCCCCCCCUUGCGGGUCUCUGGGUACCACCAACGGCUUUUUGUGCUGAAUGCGCAAGUUCGGCAUCUUGACGGCAAAAAUCUCGAUACAUUUGGCGAGUGGCUGAGUCGCAGAUGGACUCGUUGCCAGACAAAGAAGAGCAGUGCAGAACAUGCGCUUCGACAACUCUCUGUAGAUGAAGCUAAUAUACGCCCGGAAUGGAGGGCUCAGGUCGAGCACCAAACGAAACCAUUAUCCAGGAGAUCAAAAACCAACAAUGACGAGCAAAUAUCGAAGAUUUUGACCCUCGAGCGAACACUCAGUAACCUGGACAAUUCCGUUCGUGCUCUUGAGAUGCAGCUCUGUGCUGGCAACACUCUUAACAAUGUUGACUUCAACCUUCGACUUGCAGACGAACGCACCCACCGGUCCAAAGUUGCUGAUACUCUGCGACGAUGGAAGGCAUCCCUUGGCAUCGGGCAACUUAACGAUCUUCAACAACUCCGACGUAGUAUAUUCCUUCAAAUUCGUCUUGAUGCGCAAGCUGUCAAGGCACGCCUUCGUGAACGUCUGCGCCAGCGCAAAUUUGAAAUUGAGAGGUUUGAACGGUCGUACCGUCAGACAGUAAAUGAGCACAAGCUUCAUGUGCAUGCAGAAGCUUCAAUUCAACGGCGCAACCCUACCAUACGAAAGCUCGUCACAACUUACAACAACCUCUGUGGUAAACUAAUUGACUUAAUUCGACGAGGCGAGGCUCCUGCCGGUGCGAUAGUGCCUCAUUCUAUCUCUCCGACUGGUAUCUUUCAGCUUGACGUAGAUGAUGACAUCUGGCAAGAUGUUGGACUUGACGGCAAUGACAUGGCCCCACCUGCCUGGCUAGCGGAUGAAAAUAUGCGCGCAGCAAUUAAGUUUCAACUUGAGGUAGACCGGUGCAAUGAGGAAAGGGCUCGUAUCAUGCGAGAACAGUUGUGUUCUCCAGGAGUGGAUGAUGGCUGA